AUGGUAAUUCUGUAUCUGAUGAUUUCAGAGGAGGAGAUUGCGGCCGCUUGCCCAGUCUGUCGUGGGAAUUGCAACUGCAAUGAAUGCUUGCUUAGAGCAGUGACUGUCAAGAUUCAUCAAGAACAAAUGAUGGAAAUGGAGUUGGAGGCUAAGAUUCGAGGAUUGUCAUCACCAACCGAAAUGGAAUUACAUCAGGUGAUCUCUUUUGAUGAUGAGCGUGUGUACUGCUCUUCAGGUCAUCAUGAGCCAUCGAUUGAAUGGAAGGCUGACAACAAUGGCAGCAUCCGUUGCCCCCCAAAGGAGAUGGGUGGCUGCAGAGACUCCCUUUUGGAGUUGAAGCACAUUCUUCCUAGAAACUGGAUUUCUGAUAUGGAAAAAAAGGCAAAGGAAGUAGCAGCCCAAAGCUGCGAAUUUAUAGGAGUUGCUGAUACUUCGCUCUGCAGUCGCUAUAGUAGCAGGAGUAAUAAGGAUUUGCGGAAAGCAGCUGCGAGGGAAGGUUCAGAUGACAACUAUUUGUAUUGUCCAACUUCAGGUGACAUUAAAGAUGAAGGUCUAGAGCACUUUCAAAGCCAUUGGAUUAAAGGUGAGCCGGUAAUUGUUCGCAAUGCACUUGAACUUGCCAGUGGCUUGAGCUGGGAGCCGAUGGUCAUGUGGCGUGCAUUGAGUGGUGAGAUGAAUUUGAAGAAAAUUAACAAGGAGCUCGAAGUGAAGGCCAUUGACUGCUUGGUUUGGUGUGAGGUAGAAAUUAAUAAUCACAAAAUUUUCAAGGGAUAUACGGAAGGGCGAAUGCAUAGAAAUCUAUGGCCGGAGAUGCUCAAACUGAAAGACUGGCCCCCUUCUAAUCUCUUUGAAGAGAGGUUACCAUGCCACAGAGAUGAAUUCAUCAGCUCGUUGCCAUUUCAGGAAUAUACACAUCCUAAGUUUGGUCUUCUUAAUCUUGCCACGAAGAUGCCAGAGGGAAUCCUGAAGCAGGACAUGGGGACAAAAUCAUAUAUUGCUUAUGGCAUUCCUGAAGAGCUCGGCUGCGGGGAUUCUGUAACUAAGCUUCAUUGCGAUAUGUCAGAUGCAGUGAAUGUUUUGACACAUACUGCAGAAGUGAACCUUUCCAACCGACAGCAUUCUGCCAUAAAAAUGCUGAAGAGGAGGCAUAAAGCUCAAGAUGAAAGAGAACAUAUCCAUACACAUGAAACAGAUGAGGAGAACAAUGAUUAUUCUAGUUUUCCACCAGAAGAAGGAAUUGAAGAAAGAGGGGGUGCGCUGUGGGACGUUUUCCGAAGACAAGAUGUUGUUCAUCCCAUUCAUGACCAGACUUUCUAUUUAACUUUGGAGCAUAAAAGGAAGGUCAAGGAGGAAUUCAGAAUUGAAGCUUGGACAUUCGAACAAAAACUCAGAGAAGCAGUAUUUAUUCCUGCUGGAUGCCCCCAUCAAUCAUGUAUAAAGGUUGCUCUCGACUUCGUCUCACCUGAAAACCUCCACGAGUGCAUCCGUUUAACUGAGGAACUCCGGCUACUUCCUAGGAAUCACAAGGCCAACGAAGACAAGUUAGAGGUAAAGAAAAUGACCCUUCAUGCCGUAAAUCAAGUGGUGAAAGAUUUGCAAGAGUUAUUGCCUACGCACGAAAUUGAGCUUCUUUGA